AUGCGGUCUUUACCCGCAAUAGUGGGCUUGCUGCCUCUGCAUCUCGCCCUACUCCAGCAGUUCUUGUCUGGCGCCAUUGCAACACCUGUCGCCAGCGGGCAGCAGAUAGUAAUUGGCCCUGAGGCUGUAGAGGCAGAUACGGUCGCUCGAGGAGGGUCUCGCCGUUUACACGGAAAGUUUCUACACAUUACAGAAGAGGGCAUCGCCUGCCACCGAGGCGAUGGACCCGCCGGCUACUACGGCGCAGAAACGUCUGACUGCGAUACGCCGUCCGCCCUCGUAAACGCCACUUUCGACUGGAUCGCCGCGAAUAUCGCAGAUGACAUCGAUUUCGUCAUCUGGACCGGCGACUCUGCGCGUCACGACAGUGAUGAGGACAUCCCUCGUAGUCCUGCGCAGGUGCUCGGUACUAAUCGGUGGAUCGCCGAUAAGUUCGCAGAGGCCUUCGGCGACCCAAAGGAUUCCGUGCGCAUGGCGGUUCCCGUGAUCCCUACAUUCGGAAACAACGACAUCCUUCCGCACAACAUCCUGCUGCCGGGGCCCAAUAAGUGGCUGGGAUACUAUGCUGAGAUCUGGAAGCGCUUCAUCCCGGAGGAGCAACGCCACUCGUUCGAGUAUGGUGGCUGGUUCUUCGUCGAGGUGAUCCCUAAGAAGCUGGCAGUCUUCAGUCUCAACACGCUGUACUUUUUUGACCGAAACGCGGGUAUCGAUGACUGCCAGCAGCCCUCCGAGCCGGGUUUCAAGCAAAUGGAAUGGCUCCGCGUGCAACUGGAGUUCCUCCGUGAGCGCGGCAUGAAGGCUAUCCUCAUGGGGCAUGUGCCUCCUGCUCGGACGGACAGCAAGAAGAACUGGGACGAGACCUGCUGGCAAAAGUACAAUCUUUGGAUGCAACAGUACCGCGACGUUGUGGUAGGUUCGCUCUACGGACACAUGAACAUCGACCACUUCAUUGUGCACGACACCAAGGAGAUCAACAUCAACGUCCUGGGCGGAUACGCAGUCGACGAUGAUGUCGGACGUGAGGCAUUCGAGGACGAGCUCGAGAUUCAAUCGGCACAGGAUUACCUGACAGAGUUGCGACAAGGCUGGGCGAAGCUCCCGCCCGUUAUCAAGGCGCUGGAGGAGGAAGAUGCACUCGAGUCAGACGCACAGGGCAAGAAGGGCAACAAAGACAAGAAGAAGAAGAAGAAGAAGCCUGGAAAGGACCUAGGCGGCAAGUACGCGGAGCGAUACCAUUUGUCUUUUGUUGGCCCCAGUAUCGUGCCCAACUACUUUCCUACGCUCCGGAUCAUGGAGUACAAUAUCUCCGGUCUGGAGGAUGCGGUGGUGUGGUCAGACUCGUUCACAAACGCGGUACCGUCCCUGCCACUGCCGACCAACGACGACGACCCCGUCCACGAGGAGCUGAAGCGUGACAUCGACGCCGCCCGGAAGAAGAAGAAGGGCAAGAAAGGGAAAAAGGGAAAGAAGCCAACAACGCCCAAGGAUCCCAACCUCAUCAUCCCGCAGCCACCACCCGCGGGCACCGGCCCUGGCCCGGCCUAUGCGCCUCAGCCCCUGACCUUCCUUGGAUAUACCCAGUACUUUGCAAACCUGACGUACCUCAACAACGACAUGACGCGCGAGGCCAAGGACGUGUCCGGGGCCAAGUGGCGCGACGGCAUUCACAAGGACAAGGAUCCCAAGUCCCAGAAGCCGAAGCCGCACCCCUUCGCGUUCGAGGUUGAGUACAGCACCUUCACCGACAAAAUCUACAAGCUGUCGGAUCUGACGGUGCGGAGCUACGUCAAGCUGGCAAAGCGCAUCGCCAGGGAGAAUGCCAAGGGCAAGGCGUUUGUCGAAGACUUUGAAGAAGACGACGAAGAGGAAGAUCCAGAAGACCAGAAAGACGCGAUAGACCCAGAGGAGGAGAAUGACGACGUAGACGAAGAAGACGACGUGGAUGACAUAGAAGCAGAGAAGAUGAAGGGCGGCAAGAAAGGCAAGAAGGGCAAGAAGGGGAAGAAGAAGAAGAAGCACAACAAGGUUUGGCUGCAUUUCCUCAAGCACGCGUUUGUCAGGACGGUGCCCCAGAAGAAGCUUAAGAAGUUUUAG